AUGGCACUAAGGGUUCCGAUCCCGGCCGGAACUGGACCCGGUGAUCGUAAGGUUUCCUCCGGCCAGGUCAGAUCCGCCCGGCCCGCGAGUGUUAGGGCGUCCUCCGCAGGCGCAAGCGGUGUGAAGCAGAGAAGCUUCUCGCCGGUGAAGGAACAGGCCGCCUUCGCGACGCAUUUGGGCUUGGAAAUGACGGUCCUGGAGCUCGAGCGGCUCUACAGUGCCGUGGAUCCGGCGCUUCGUAGCGCCGGACCGGGCAGUCCCGCCGGUUUCGGGUCCUCCGGUAGGCCCGUGCGCGUCGCGUACCAAGGCACUCGGGGGUCUUACUGCCAGGAGGCCGCGAUGAGCGCGUUCGCCACGUGCGACGCCUUCCCGUGUUACCAGAUGGAGGACGCAUUCCAGGCGCUUCUGGAGAAGACCGCCGACCGGGCCGUCAUCCCCUUCGAGAACUCCGUCGACGGAGUAAUUUACCGGAACCUCGAUCUCCUCCUCCGCCACAACGUCAGCAUUGUCGGCGAGCUUCUCGUCCCCGUGAACCACUGCCUACUCGCCGCCCCGGGAACCUCCCUCUCUGGCCUGAGGCGGAUCGCAAGCCACCCCCAGGCUCUCAGCCACUGCAGGUCCCGAAUCGAGGAACUCGGCGUCGAGGUAGAGGAGGUCUCAAACUCGGCCGAGGCGGCCCGGUUCCUUUCGGAGAACCCGGUCUCCGAUACGGCCGUCAUCGGAAGCAAGAUCGCUGCGAGGGAGUUCGGCCUGCACAUCCUGGAGCAGAACUUCCAGGACCGGAACGAAAGCAACGUGAACCGAUUCUUUCAGCUAUCCCUCGACCCGGCUUUCCCUUCCCCUGGUACUCCAGGAGUCCGGAAGACUACCAUCGCGUUCUCUCUCAAAAACGCCGUCUCGGACCUCUUUCGGGCGCUUUGGCCGUUUGAGAGCCGGAAUAUCCCGGUUACCAGCGUCCAGCAUCGACCGAACCGGAAGAACCCUGUUCGCGUGGUGGGAGGGGGAAGCGAGACGGUUCGGUACUUCGACUAUGUCUUCAUCGUCGAUCUGCAAGGUCGCGCGUCCGAUCGUGCGGUCGAGAGGGCUCUCGAGCAGCUGAAAGAGAUCACGGGCUUCCUUCGGGUUCUCGGCACCUAUGCUUCCCGCUAA